UACUACAACAAUGUGCCGGAUGGUGUGAAUCCCCGCGAACACAAGACGGAUGUGAUAAAUCGCCUCUUCACCCAAACCAAGGACGGGAAGUACAUCAUGAAUACCAAUGAUGUGAUGUUCAAACAGAGCCUUGCUGUGUACAACAAGAAGUACAGUCGUGACGAGGAGAUCGGAGAGUUCUAUGCUUUCCAGCAGGUGAUCAUGGGUUCGGAGGGCGGCUACAAGGAGGAGCACCAAAUGGAGAAUGCCAAGAAGUUGGGUCGCAGGGAGGCAAUGCAGCUGGAGAGCAUGAUGACCCAGCUCAAGUGGUCAUGGAAAAAAGCUAUGAGCGAUGAUGCCAUCAUGGACGGCGAAAUCUCGGAUCCCAUGAAAAAGCUGCUUCGUGAUGCUCUCAACAGCCAGAACAAGCUUGCCGCUGAGGGUCUGAAGAUGCUGAAGAAUGAUGGCAAGGUGUUUGCCGUGGAGGAUAGCAAGCAGAUUCGCCAGACCGUGCAGGCUUGCCAGCAGCUGGCCCUUGCCCUACAGCAUUUGAUCGACCUCGGCAUUCUCCCCAAGGAGGAAAAGCUCACCCAAGCAUCCCUCGAGAACUUUUUGAAAGAGACCGCCUCCACGACCCAGCAAAGCAACGAAUUGAUCGAAUCCAUGAAAGGCAAGAUCAGGGCCUCCAAGAACUGA